AUGGUACAACAAUUUAAUGGUCAUUAUCAUCAUCAUUGUUAUUUUGAUCACCGACUGGAUCAGUCAUUUCCUGCAAAUAGGUAUGCUCCUCUGGACAGUUGCCUUCCACCACUUCCAAGUUUUGCACGCAAGUGGCCUUCAUCCUGGCCCGAUAGGCUCGAUAGUAAACCUCGAAGCCUGAUCUCAGAACCAGAUGCAGUGGAAAUAUUUAACGCUGACAAUAGACACUGGUCUGCACUUGUUUCUGAGGUUUAUCUUGGAGGUCUUGAUAUAAACUGGUCGAGCGUGAGAAGUGUGAUGGAUAUGAAUACAGGUUAUGGAGGGUUUGCUGCUGCACCCUUAAAUCUACCCCUGUGGGUGAUGAAUGCCGUCCCUAUUCAUGAAACAGAUGCUUUAUCUGUCAUCUUCGAUAGAUGGCUGAUUAGAGUUUACCAUGACUGGUGUGACACGACUGACGUAGCAGUGGAGAUGGAUAGGGUACUAAGACCAGGUGGAUAUUGUUAG